AUGUGGAUAUGGGAAUGGUUUUGGAAUUUAUUAGCUGAUUUAGGAUUAGCAUAUAAGAGUGGGAAGAUGUUAUUUUUAGGAUUAGACAAUGCAGGGAAAACGACAUUGUUGCAUUUAUUAAAAGAUGGGAAAGUAUCACAACACAUUCCAACACAACAACCAACAAUGGAAGAGUUAGUUAUGGGGAACAUUAAAUUUAACACAUAUGAUUUAGGAGGACACACCCCAGCAAGAAAAGUAUGGAAAACAUAUUGUACAGAAGUAGAUGCAGUGAUAUAUAUUGUUGAUUGUGCAGCACCAGAAAGAUUUGGAGAAUCGAAGAAAGAAUUAGAUUCAUUAUUAAAUGAUGAAAUGUUAUUAAACACACCAUUUUUAAUAUUAGGAAAUAAAAUAGAUAUUCCAGGAGCUGUUUCAGAAGCACAAUUAAGAGAGGCAAUGGGAUUAACACACACCACUGGAAAAGGAAAUGUAUCAUGUGAAGGAAUUAGACCAAUUGAAGUGUUUAUGAGUUCAAUCGUUAAUCGUCAAGGAUAUCCAGAAGGAUUUAAAUGGAUUUCACAAUACAUGAAAUAA